UCCCCUCCCUCCUAGAUUGUAAGCUCGAAAGAGCAGGGCCCUCAAUCCCCUCAUGUUUUGCAUUGUAUUGCUCCUGCACAUUGCUUUGUAUGGCUGUGCAUAGCAGAGCCAUACAAAGCAGUGUGCUUACCAUGGAAAACACACACACACCUCUUCACACUAACCCCUUCCUGCCCAGUGCCAUUAGUACAAUGUCAGUGCUUUUUAUUAGCACAGAUCACUGUAUUGGUGUCACUGGGGAUGUCAGUGACACCAAGUCAGUUCCCCCCAGUGUCAGAAUGCCCGCCGCAGUCUCGCUAUAA